AUGAGCUUCCACGCCAGUGAGACGCUCAGGAAGUAUCCUCCACUGCCUUUCCUGAACCGCGACUGCGUGGAGCCCUACAAGAUCCCGGACAGCGACGUCGUCGUGGACAAAGGAACGGCAGUCGUCAUCAGCCUGUUCGGCCUUCACUAUGACCCGGAGCACUACCCUGAUCCAGAGCGCUACGGCCCCAAGAGGUUCUCCGAGGAGCAGAAGGCCGAGAGGCACCCCUACGUGUACCUGCCGUUCGGCGACGGGCCUCACAUCUGCAUAGGUAUGAGACUCGGUUUACUGCAGACCAAAGUGGGUCUUGCGAACAUCCUGUCCAAGUGUUGCGUGCGACCUACGAAGAACACAACCAGGCAUGUCACCUACAACACCAGAAAUGUACUGCUGCUGCCCACAAAGGAAAUCGAGCUGCAAUUUGUGGAACGAUGCUAGGAGAUUCACUAGCGCGCUAACAUGACAUA